AUGGGUAGCAUAUCAAAGCCUGGGGAGUACCCUCUAACACGCCUUCUCAGAAGCAACGCACCCCUUUUACCUUCGACGCCAACUCCCCAGAAGCUAUUCAACACCAUCCGUCAGGCAAUCCUUGAAGCUAGUGAAUUUAUUGAUUUAUCUUUUGAGAAUAUUUCUGCCGAGAGUGGGCUGCAAGUGACAGACUCUCUCGGCGAGGAUGCAGACAUAGAAAACGCCUGUCCCCGGAUUAAUUACAACUCUUACACCCAGACUCUUGAUAUCAGAAUAAUGCCCACUUUAAUUCAUGAUGCGCAUCAGCCAUGGAUUGUGAAGGAGAUGUCGCAACCCGAUGCCUGUAUACUCCCAAAUAACCAAUCUUUGCCUUGUAUUGUUAUUGAAACAGGUUGGCCCGAGUCCUGGGCUAAGCUUAGUCGAGACAAAGAUCUCUGGCUACAAGGCGGCUCUCUAGAAGUACAACUCGUCCUCUUAAUUAAGUGGUCUAAAGUUUCGAAUAAUACGGUGAGGGGAACUAUCGAUGUUUAUGGAAGAGAUAGCGCUGGGAUGCGGCUAUUGCAGACUGAGGCCAUUUUCCCUGUACCCGCCAACUCAACCACUCAAACUAUCCCGAUAACUCGCAAGCAAUUUUUGGGAGUUAAUUUACCAACCGGAAGAAACCCAGCCGAUAUAUAUCAACUCUCUUUGGAUCGCUUCCGUGAUAUAGCUGAAGUGAAUAUACGGAGAAAGGGAUUAACUCCGCAUGAUCGGGCAGGGGAUCUUAAGUGA